AUGUACCUCGACGAAGCCACGGCCAUAUCGCACCUCCGCGGCGGCCACGAGCUAAUCCGGCUGCGCGGCGGCACCGACACGCUCGAGCGGCUGGUCCGCCGCGUCAUCAGCUGGUGUGAGUAUCACAGCUGCGCCGCCCACCAAUUGCGCCCUAUGCUGGCCCCAAUCCCACCGCCUGCGCCCUGGGGUUCCUCAUGCUCCUCCUCAUGCCCCUCCUCGUCCUCUCCCUCGUCGUCGUCGUCCUCCACGCCCACCACCUCAGCCUCAUCAUCUCGCCCCUCGCCCUUCCCCCAGGCCUUCGUCUCCCUCGUCUCCGCCGCCCACGCCCGCACGGCAGCACACUUGCCUCCUCCUCCUCCUCCUUCUCCUGCCCCCGUUGGAUCAAACGGCCACCUCAUCUCCCGCAUCUUCGCCGCCCUCACCCUCGUCGGCACCGCCAUCUCUGCCGCCUGGCAGCCCGCCUUCCAAGCCUACAGUCCCGCCAAAGAAGCCGCCGCCGCGGUGCUGGACGACGCGCUGUAUGCUGUGCUGGUCGAGGUGGCGCGGCUGCACCAGGAGGAGCAGAAGCAGCAGCAGGGGGAGGAGGAACAGCAGCAGCAGAAGAAGAAGAAGGACGACGAUGACGACGACGGCGAUGGUGCCGGUGGGGAUGAGGAUGAUGAGGAGGAGGAGGAUGACGGAGGGCCAGCGCAGUGGGCCCACGCCGUCCUCCUGCACGCCGCGCACGCCUACCUCUGGGCCGCGCUGAGCGACUUGCCGGCCAGCCCGCACAUGCACGACGCGUUCCUGGCGCGGCUGCGGGGCGCGCUCCAAGGGAGAAAGCGCGCUCGUGGGGUACAGCUUGGCGGGGGUGCGGAGUGGAUGAAGCUACGGCCGGGCGGCAGCGGUACCAGGGCGAUCGUUGCACCGGGGCCGAUGGAAGCGGAGACGUUGAUGUGGGUGUUGGCGGUGGGGUGGUUUCUGGCGGACAAGCGGCGGGCGAUGUACGGGGGUGGGGAGGAGAUGGUGGGGUGGUUUGCGGAUCGGGUUGGGGAGCUGUUGGGGGUGGUGGGGGUGUGCGAGAGGGAGUGCGCGGUGGGGAUGGUGAGGGAUUUUCCGGGGACGGAUGCGCUUAGGGUGAAGUGGGAGGGGUUGUUGCGGGGGGAGAAAUUUUGUUGGUUAUCGUAG